AUGACGGCGACGCCAAACCCCAGCCAAUUCAGCGCCCAUAGUCAAAGCCAAACCAAGCACGGCAAAGCACCCAAUGGAGAGCCUAUUUUGGUCGCCAACGACUACACGAAACCAUCUUUGGCUGACGACGAAGGAACGCAGUGGGACGACAGGUCCGAGCUUGAGAUCGACGGUAACCUCCUCUCUACUCCUGAAAUAGUCAAAGCCGACACUAAUUCCUACAGCUACCAUCACGCCUUUGCCGACAACGCGAAGGUCGCCAACAAGAAACCACCUUCUUUACAUGGCUGGCCAGCAGGAUGGGAAGCCGACGACAAUUAUCAUCCCAUUUUGCAUGAUCCUCGGCCGCUGACAACCAGAAAGGUACCACCAUGGUCUCUCGACUCGCGAAUUCAAGACGCCGCUUUCCGACGGCUCUCUGGUUGCCGACUGAUGCAUGAAUUGAAUGAGCCAAUUUUCGACCCUGUAAAGACAGCGACUGCAUGCACCCAAACACAAUUUAUUGCCGACGCCACAGACAGCAUGAAAGACUCCUGUUUCGGUCACAAUUACUACCGCGAAGUCAACAAUAUUUUACUCUCCGACAAUGCCGCUUCCUGCAUGAAGACCAACAAUUAA